AUGAUAGAUGAAAUUGCAAAAGCAAGAAAAGAUGUAUGCAGGCCUACACCUUAUGAAAUUAUGGAGAGGUUCUUAUAUGAGGAAGUUGAAGAGCUGAAAAGCCAUUUCAAAACAUUCUUCCAAAAAGCUGAAAUAUAUGGACUCCUUAUUAUGUGUGAUGGUUCGACAGGACCAACUAAAUUGUCGAUCAUCAAUUUUAUGAUGUAUUGUAAUGGACAAACAAUGUUUAAUAAAUCUAUUAAUGCAUGUAGUGAUCGACAUAAUGCACAGUAUUUGUUUAAUUUGAUGAAUGCAGUGGUUGAUGAAGUUGGUGCAGAAAAUGUUGUACAAAUUGUGACUGAUAAUGGAAGUGCUUAUAAAGUAGCUGGCAAAAUGUUAAAACAAAAAAGAAAGCACUUGUAUUGGACACCGUGUGCAACUCAUUGCCUUGAUUUAAUGUUCCAAGACAUUGCUAAAGUUUUUAUGGUCUCCAAAGUGAUUGAAAGGGGAAAAACGAUUACCAAUUCCAUUUAUAAUCACUCAAUUGUUCUCAACUUGAUGAGGAGUUUCACAAAUAAUAGAGAGUUAAUAUAUUCAAGGCCAACUUGCUUUGCUACUCAUUAUAUUGCUCUUGAAAGUCUAAAUUCUCAAAUGACAGCAUUGAGAUGCAUGAUUGACUCAGAUGAAUGA